AACAUGUUUUGAAAUUGGGAAAAAUGCUGAAAAAUGUGAGACACAUCUCCGAGGGCAACUUCUAUGGCCUUCACGUUACAAACAARGCCAAUAACGUCAGUUUAGACAAAAAACUCAAGACUCUAGAGGCAUGCAAAGAUGCUCAAAGCCACUGCUACAGGAAAGAAGAAAAAGACCUUGUCAACACGCUGGUUCGUUUGCAGAAGAGCAAAGAACAAUAUCAUCAUAAUGAUGAGUUAAUCAUGAGGCAUCAUGGCGAGAAGUUUCUGCGCGGCGACCUCAACAUCAAACAACCUGGUCAGAAAUAUAAAAACCAAGGCAGCAGCGAUAGCAUUGCCCUUCAUGCAACUCCAAAACCCAGUGCGCAUGACGUUGCAAAGAUUACCGCUGAAAGAAACCGUGAAGUUCAACCAGAAACGACAGAAAUCGGCGCAGCUAUUCAUCGUACAACAGGCUUCACUGACUGUGUUAUAUGUCGAUUACCAAAAAGUUCACWGGUYAGUGGUAGAGAUGUCUGUCGUUGCGAGAAAGGACCGGACAAAGGCACACAUCAUAUGCAYCCUGUAGCAUUUCAUGAAGAUAGAGCUAGACCUGAGUAUUUGCACAYAAASGAAAGACGGGAAUUAUUUGAAAAGCUUCAUCCACAUGAUGGCAGACAUGAUGAAAGAAAGGRAGCAGGGAGAGACCUGGAAACUAGCGGUAAUGAACAUCAUUUUCUUGAGAGAUUGAAUCGAGAAAUGCAUCACGUGAUAGAGACUCCAUCACAACCAUAUAARGAAGGAGGAUUGUCCAGUCCUCCCCGGCGUAAAGGAUCUUUCGGUUAUGAAAAAGGAAACGGGAUGUCCAGUCCUCCCGGUCGCAAAGGCUCUUUUGGAUAYAUUCCAUAUAAGGAUAACGGSCAUGAAGGCCGCCGGGGCUCUAUUAACCACGAGAAGGGUCCUCGAAGGUACACUUUGCUGGAAGAUGAACGGUUCCGUAAUCGUGAUAAUAGCAUCGUUGAAGAAGGGCCUUACACAGUACCUCGAGGACAGAGAAGAAAGUCRAUCGAUUAUGAAAGUCUACGUAAACGAAUGGAYAGUGUUGGUGGAGGUUCKUAUUACUCGGUAGGCGAACUKAGAAGUCGUACUUCCACCGGAGAAGAUCCUGAAACGAUGAGAAAUGCAGUUAAGAUCACUCACUCAGCUAUGUACCCAGCAUCUCCUCCUACUGAAAGAAAGAGCACUAUGCAAAGCAGCCAAGGGUUCUCAGUUCACGACCAUUCACACUUACCAAAACUACCGCAAAACGGUGGGGGUGGGGGUGAGGCUUUUCAUGCACUGAUUCAUCCUGAUAACAUCAUUAAUCAUCAUCACUAUCUACCUUACGAAGCAGAUAAACCAGCUACUAAGCGACAUCACCAUGGAGAUCAACAUGACAACCAUCGCCAUGACGACCACCAUCACCAUGACAAACGUCAUUUCCAUGGUUACUACAUACAUAAAUACGACCACAUGGGAACACGUCAAAUUGCGCAUAUCCCUAUUGGYGCACACACCCACAUUGCAGAGAUGCURGAAAAACAACAUGAGCCAGACAGUCAUCAUUUGACGCUUCUUAGCAACUUACGUCAUUUAUUAAGUGUUUAUCAACGGUUGGACGAGACGUUGCCUAGAUACCCAUGGCCAACUCCUCCUCAAAUGGAAAUGACUAAAGACGAAUUUCAAAAGCUGAAGGAUUGCAGAUAUCUCAGACUUCCCAAAGCUGUUGAAGAAGAACAUGCCGACAGUCCAGUAUUUCGCUAAAUAUGACUKSAAAACCUUUCAUAAAAAACUGGUUUAUUACCUCGACAGACAGCGAAUAAAUUGACAAUCUUA